AUGCCUGGCGAGGGCCAUGUGCUCAAUUCUAUAAGACCCUACCUUGGUCACGCCGUCUGCUUCGCUAUUGUUGGUUAUAUAACUUGGACUGCAUAUCAAGGUCUGUUUGGUGGCGUGAGUAAGAUUCCGGGACCAUGGCUCGCUCGGUUCACUCGGUUCUGGCUGUUCAGCGAGACACGCAAAGGAGGCUUCGAAAAGGCAAACAUCGACUUGCACAAGAAGUACGGUCCUCUCGUCCGCAUUUCUCCUUCUACAAUCAGCAUCAAUGACCCCGCCGCCUUGAAGACCAUUUACUCGUCGGGCUCCAGGUUCCCCAAGUCGGAUUUCUACCAUCCAUUCGGUGAUCAUCGGAAUGACCAGCGGAACUUGUUCUCAGUACAAGAUAAUCAGCGACACGCACUCAUGAGACGGAAACAUUUCAUCGACCGAUGUAACACGUUGCUCUGUGAUCGUCUGGACAGGUUCGCAAAGGACAAACAGACGUUUGAUGUGCCGACGUGGAUGCAGUAUUAUGCGUUUGAUGUCAUCGGGGAUAUCACAACAAGCCAGCCUUUUGGUCUUCUCGACAAAGGCUACGACUCGUGGGGUGUGCUUGAAAGCAUCGACAACACUAUGAAAUACGGAUCCAGAAUUGGCAUAUUCCCCGAAUUGCACCGCUGGAUCGCGCUAGUGACAGCUAUGGCUGGGAUGAAAUCGCCGUUGGAGUCCAUUAACGCGUACAUCGGCCAUCAGAUUAAAACAAGGUCCGGAGACAGUAACGAGGAGUCUACUCCACGGAGCGACUUCCUGACGAGAUUGCUUGCGCUGAGAAAGGCCGACAAGAUCGAGCCCUUUGACCUCUUCAUUACGGUCGGUGCGAAUAUUGCGGCGGGAUCGGAUACGACUGCUAUUUCUCUCAGCAGCGUCAUCUACUCCUUGCUCAAGAACCCGAGGGCUGCGAGAAAACUGAGAGACGAGAUCGACUCGUUCGCUCGGGACGGAAAGCUCUCGGACCAAGUCACGUUUGAGCAAGCUCGAAAUAUGCCAUAUCUUCAGGCGUGUAUUAAAGAAGCACUGAGGGUUCAUCCGGCAACGGGAAGACCGCUUGUGCGUGAUGUUCCUCCCGAGGGAGUCACAUUGGCUGGAAAGUUCUUACCAGGUGGGACAUCCGUGGGAGUCAAUUCCUGGGUGAUCCACUAUAACGAGGAGGUGUUCGGUCCGGACGCAGCGGAGUUCAAACCCGAGCGGUGGUUGGAAAAUGAUAAGGACAAGCUGUCUUUCAUGGAACAGAACUUCAUUCCGUUCGGCUCUGGCGCACGUACCUGCAUCGGUAAAAAUAUCAGCUUAUUGGAGAUGUCCAAAGUCAUCCCGCAGUUGUAUCGGAAGUAUGAGUUCGAGCUGGCUCCUGGCGAAAAGAGGACUACCUGGGAGGCAUGGUUCGUUAAGCCUAAAUUUCAGUGCUAUGUGAAACAACGAGAGGAUAUCUGA